AUGGAGGUCGAGCCUCCAGAGGAGUGGCCUGCCGAGCAGCGGCUCAGCAGCCUCAAGCCGUACACUCACCUAGCUUGGGAGGAGUGGAAGGACUCCAAUGCGCAGUUGCGCUGGGAGGUAUUCAACACAUGGAUGCUUCUGAGCAGCUUGGCGCUUGCUGAAGCUGAGCGUGAGAGAUUUGCGCAGUUUUGGGCACCAAAGCCCUGGACCUCUGAAGCGGUUGCACUCAGGCAUAUUUUCAUGGAAAGCCACAGCAUGCGAGCGCUUUGUGCUGUUCUUCGGUGGCUGCGCUGGUCUCAUCGGUUCUCACCAAAGGCAGCCAGGUCGGUGGAGGAAGGCUUUGUCUACAACGCCGGAUAUGACCGGACUCGAAGAUCUUUUCAACUCCAUGGUCGGCUUCCUGGGCCGUUCCAGGAGCAGUCCCUCCAUCCGGAUGGCCCGCUUCAACGCGGAGAGAUUUUCGAGUGUGCUGACAUCGAAGAUGAGCGUCAGCUGAUUGCCGACCUCUGGACCUGCCUCCGCCGUGGUGAGCUGAGCACUGCAAUGAAGAUGUGCGCAGAAAAUGGCCAGGCAUGGCGAACCGCCCUGCUACAAGGCAUGCUUCCUUUCUGCGAGGAGCCCGAGGGUCAGUACGAAUCAGCCCCAAUGCCUGGUAUCGAUGAGGCCAUGGAGGAGAUGCUGGCCACCAUGAAGGAAGAGCACUCGGACUGGACUGAGUUGGGUUGCCACCUCACAAAGGGCAGCCAGGGUAAUCCUUGGCGACGAGUGUGGAAGGAGGAAUGCUUCGAUGCAGCGGCGCGAAACCUUCUUCCUGGCAGUAAGAUGGAUCUGAGGGAGCUCUCCAUCUACGGGUUUUGCUCUGGAAACUACGAUGCUCUGAUGCCCUCUUGCAAUAGCGAUUGGGCUGAUCGCUGUUUCGGUGAGCUGCACUGCUUAAAGGAGUGGCUGGUGGAGCGACUCCUUGAGGAUGGCCAAAGCCGCGAGAAAACUUCGCGACUGGGUGAAGGCGACGUUUGCGCGGAGGAGGAGUCUGCUGAGGACACCGCCUGGCGCACGCGCAAGCUGUGCGGUCGCCUCGCGCCAGAUCCUGCAAAUCUGAACGAGGAUGUCGAAGCAGCAGUCAGGGAAGAGGUUCUGCAGCUGCUGCAAAGAUUGCGGCCGCUGCCGUCGCCAGAAGUCGGAUGCGAGGAGGCAUCCAGCGUAUCGCAGCAGUUUGGGCAGCUGCAGGCUUUCCUCAUUGCAGCAGCAUGGGAGCCGCAGCGAGGAAAAGAUGCUCUCGAGCUGCUUCGGUCUUGGCUGCGGAAUGCACAGCCAGGCAAACCAUUUGCACUGAAGCAGUUCGCUGCAUACUUCGCAGUUUGGCAGAAGAACGUCUUGGAGGAUCAUUUGAGAACCUCUGUGGAUGUGGACGACAUUGUCAGCAUGCAUGUGUCUGAGCUGCUGCUCGUGGCCUCCGGUCCUCUUUGGCAGGACAGGUGCUUGCGGGAGGACGCUGUGGAGGUGAUUUUGGAGCACUGCCAAGUCUUGAGGCCAGAGCCGCGACGUGAGGCCUUGGCUAGCUUGAUGCUGCGGCUGGGACGCAGUGCUGGCCCCCAAGCCGUCGCUGAGGCAGUUGCACAAACCUGCCGAGGUGAUGCGACUCCUCUGACGGAGGUCGUAAAGAGAGGCUUUUCUGCCUUUUGGACGCGGUUUCCUGAGGAGGCCUUCUCGGCCAUCACCUUUUUGGUGCAUCGAGCACUUCGAAUAGAUGAUUCUUCUGCGCAAGAGGCUGUUGUGGACUCUGCACCUGCAGGCGUGCGCGAGGAAGCAGAUGUUGAGGAAUUGGCCUUUGUCGUCCUCUGCCUGCUGGUUUUCUGGUUGGUUGCCAGGGAUGCGUCAGCCAGCACCCCAAUCGAAAGGGCGAGCGCAGGGCUCUCGAAGCUCACAGGUCUUCCAAGCGAGGACUCCAGUGGCUUGCUUGGCCUCUUGCACCAGGUAGGCCAAGGUGAUGAGUGGAGGUUCCUUCGGUCAGCCUUAGACGGAGUGGUGGUGCCUUUGCUAACAGACACCUUGCUAUGCCUUUGCGCGAAGGAUCCGCAAAGAGCGCUGCCCUUGCUUCCAGCCAUGCAGGCUUCCUCCUUGUGGACAGACGCUUUCCACUCGGCGGCUGCCAGUACUGUGAACUUGAGUGACCUCGAGUGGUUCCUGCUGCUCUAUGGCAAGCACAGACUCUGGAAAGAGGCAUUUCGGGAGGCCUCUGCCGAGCGCUCCGCGGCUCAAGCCCCGGCGCUGACGCGCUUCGGCGCUGCUGUGCGGCCGGGUCCCGCGGUUGGCCAUGCUGCGGAGGCCAAGAAGGCUUCCCUUGAAAGUGUGGCGGCGCGGGAGGUGCUCUUUGACCAUGCGCGGGACCGUCUGGGGAAGGAGCGGCCGCUGCUGGAACCACUGCCAGCCACACAGACUGUCUUGCAAGAGGGUCACUGGCAGGGGCUGCAGAAGGCUAUGGCUUGGAGGUUGCUGCUUCCAUUGCUGGACUGCUUCGAAUCUGAAUCAGAUUUCCAGGGAGCUAUGGAGGAGUUGUUCGUGGCGGUUGCUGACAGUCCGUGGAUGCUCAAGACAUUGGACCCACGGCAUGCGCAAGCUUUGCUGGCGCGAGUUAUGAAGACCAUCCGUGUUAACGGUAUCGUGCCCCUGGCAGCGGAUGCACCCCGAGCAAAGACUUCGCGGACAAUCCCCGUCCCGGCAGCUGCUCAUGCAAGCACCGACAGCAAGGCCCUGGCAUCGGCGGAGUGUAACACGGAUAUCGGCUUUGAGGUUCUACGUGCCGCGGCGCGCGGGUCGGGAAGCCGCAUCCAGGGCCAGGGCCAGUGCAGCGCCACGGCGAUCGAAGGUGGCUUCGUGAGGUCUGUGAAGCCGCUGCCAGGUUCCUGCAAGAUUUUCCGUUUGCGGCCUGGUUUCUCUGCGCACCAGCCCUCCAGACAUAUGUGCACUUUGAGGCCAUCACCCUGGAAAGCGCUGGACUCGCCGUCACGGCAGUCAAUACUUUGA